AACAUUCGCUGAAAAUAUAGAAAGCUGCGAAAAAUAAGAAAAAGAUAAAACCGGUAGAAGAGAGAAUUGAAAAAGAAGAUCAAUUUUGAGUAAAGGCAAAGUCUGCAGUGGCCCUCAAAGUGGAGGCAGAUUUGGUAGAUUUGCUGGCAAAGAGAAAAUCGUUUCGCCAUUAAAGCAGCCAUUGAAAAGGGGUUCUCAUUCUCCCUGCAAUUCACGCAACCCAGUCUGUAUUAAGCUUUAUCUUUUACUCACUCAAUAGUAAAAAUCCCAACAACUUAUAUAUUAAGCUAAGUCAAGACUCAAGUCAGCCCUUCACUCUCACUCUGUGUCCCUUUCUUCUCUUUAAUAAUACAGUGUCAGUUCACCGGAUUCAUGAGAGAUAGCUUUGAAUUUCUUCCCAGAUCCUUUAAUUUGAUCUCAUAAUUAAUUGUAUUUCCACACCUUUUCUAGUUGGAUCCAUUUUGCUACUGAAUUGCUUUAGAGAUCUUGAUGGGUAAGUGAUUAUACUCUACAAAUUUGAAGUGUGUGGGAAUAUGGGCUUGAAGUUGAUUCGAAGAUCCAAUUCCCAGAAAUCUCAGCAUAGAUGGAAGAUAAAAGUGUUUGCUAUGAUGUUAUUUAUUUUCUUCUUCGGGACUUUAGUGUUAAUGGAGACACAGUAUAAUAGAAUUAGAAUGUUAGCGUUGCUUUCUGCUCCUCAAGUCCAAAACCCCAAAAUUGCAUUUUUGUUUAUAGCUCGGAAUCGUCUGCCUUUGGACAUUGUUUGGGAUGCCUUCUUUCAGGGUGAUAAGGAAAAUAAAUUUUCAAUCCUGGUUCACUCACGACCAGGGUUUUUAUUGAACAAAGUGACGACAAGAUCAGCGUAUUUCUUGAAUCGCCAAAUGAACGAUAGUAUACAGGUAGAUUGGGGAGAAGCAACCAUGAUCCAGGCAGAGCGUAUUUUACUUCAGCAUGCAUUGAUGGAUCCUCUCAAUGAACGAUUUGUUUUUCUUUCAGACAGUUGCAUACCUUUGUACAACUUCAGCUACACAUAUGACUACAUAAUGUCUACGCCAAAUAGUUUUGUUGACAGCUUUGCUGAUACAAAAGAAGGCCGCUAUAACCCCAAAAUGGAUCCAAUUAUUUCUGUUCAAAGCUGGAGGAAAGGAUCUCAGUGGGCUGUUCUAAACAGAAAGCAUGCAGAUAUUGUAGUGAAGGAUGAAAUAUUAUUUCCUAUGUUUCAGUUGCAUUGCAAGAAAAAACCGCUACCUGAGUUUUGGCGGGAUCAGUAUGUGCCUCCAGAUACCUCCAAAAUUCAUAAUUGUAUACCUGAUGAACACUAUGUCCAAACUCUGCUUGCUCAUGAAGGACUUGAAGGUGAAAUUACACGGAGGACAGUGACUCACACUGCGUGGCUUAUUUUAUCCUCCAAGGAGCGUGAACGGAAAGGAUGGCAUCCUGUUACCUAUAAAUUAGCCGAUGCUACUCCCAUGCUAAUCCAAUCUAUCAAGGACAUAGACAAUAUAAAUUAUGAGACGGAACACCGGAGAGAGUGGUGCACCAACAAGGAGAAACCUGCCCCUUGUUUCCUUUUUGCAAGGAAAUUCACACGGCCUGCAGCUCUGAGGCUUCUCAAUAUGUCUGCGCUUGGACUUUACCACGAAGAAAUAAGCAACGUUUGACACCAUGGUGAAACGAGCAACAUUUGACAUCUACAAUACUGUACCAUCUAGCUAUUAGAGAUAUAGAAAGUUGACUAGCUACAGAAAAUUGUAAUCUAGCUGAUAAAUGGGGAAGAUGUGUAAGUAGAAAGAAAAAUUGUUUUGCCAAUUUGUAUAUUUGUAAAAUUUUCCUUUAAACUCAAUAAUGUUUGGUCGUAUAUGUAUGUAGAGUGAGCUCAAUCCAUUAAAUUAUAGUUCUGUUUUUGUUUCCA